CAGCACCGACCAAACAAACGCAGGAGAGCCAAGUGUAGGCGAGGGGAAAAAAAGAGAGGAACUCGCCUCGGCUUUCCAUACAAAUAUAGCCUACAUAUAAUAAUAAUAAAGAAGAAGAAGAAGAAGAGGAGUAGAAAGACAAGGAGUAGGAGUAAGAGGAGGAGGAGGAGGAGGAGUGGAAAGCGCGGGCAGAGUCAGCCGGCUGGCCGGGACACGGAGCCCCGUCCAGAGGGGAGAAAAUCACGCCACGACCGUCACAUCACAUCACAGCUUGGAGAUGACAAAGUCCCAGUGAAGCCGAGAGCGAUGUCGCAGAAGAAGAUAUUCCUGGUCGUCGUUGCCAUCAGCACUGUCAGUCUUCUGCUGCACCAUGGGGGCCACUUGAGCUGGACCAUGGAGGCCUUCCACCUCGGCUGUCCUGCCCUCCGUUCCCACCCUGCCCCGGGCCUGAAACCCAAGCACACCAAUGUGGCCUUUCUCAAGACCCACAAAACGGCCAGCACCACCAUGCAGAACCUGCUGUUCCGCUUCGCAGAGCGCAACAACCUGACUGUGGCGUUGCCCGUGCAGGCCUGUGGCCACCAGUUCUGCUACCCACGCUCCUUCACCUCUCACUUUGUUCAUCCUCACACGCUGCCGCCAAACAUCAUCACCAGCCACAUGCGCUUCAACAAGGCAGAAAUGCAGCGUCUGAUGCCUAACGACACAAUAUAUGUCACAAUCCUGAGAGAACCCGGAUCCAUGUUCGAGUCUUUGUUCAGUUACUACAACCAGUACUGUCAGAGCUUCAAGAGGGUCCCCAACGGCUCCCUGGAGGCUUUCUUAGGGGAGCCCUGGCGCUACUACCGGCCAGAUGAGAAGGACUCCAUGUAUGCACGCAACACCUUGACCUUCGACUUGGGAGGAGACAAGGAUCGCCCUGCAACAGAUGUGGCGUACGCCCGGGCCUUUGUGGCGGAAGUAGAGCGGGUGUUCUCCUUGGUGAUGAUUGCUGAAUACUUUGACGAGUCGCUGGUUCUCCUUCGCCAUCUUCUCUCCUGGGAUCUGGACGACAUCCUGUAUGUAAAGCUCAACAUGCGGACGUUGAGCUCCAAGCGGAGCCUCACACCAGGCCUCCCAGCCAAAAUCCGUGCCUGGAAUUCUUUAGAUGCUCGGCUCUAUGACCACUUCAACGCAUCACUGUGGCGCCAGUUGUCCGCUCUGGGUCCAGCUUGCGUUGCCAGGGAGGUGCGACUCCUUCGACGAGCGCAGGAGAGACUGAUGAGAAGCUGCUUCGGCGGUCGGAUGCCGCUUCUUCGCUCAGCUGCGCAGAUCAAAAACAAGGACCUCCGCCCCUGGCAGCCUAGCGGAAAAGUCGACAUUGUGGGCUACGACCUUCCGGUAAAUCUCAGCGGUGGGUUCUCGAGUCUGGCCCAGGAGCUCUGCCUCAAGCUUAUCAUGCCAGAAGUCCAGUACACACGGGUUCUCCUACGUUCCCAAUCAAUACGCUACCGUAGAGGCUACCAGCUCCGGCCUCCGCAGCAGUCACAUCCCCUCCAGCAGCCCAUACGCACAGGCCUGCCCAGGCAUACUCAAAUCCACCGCAGCCAACCACCACCUGCAGCCCCUGGUCCUGCAUCAGGAACAGGGUCCACCUCCACCUCAAGGCCUGCUGCAGGAACUCAAGGUCGGACCACAAAAUUAGGGUCCUCACAGACCCAGGCCUCAUAGACUGGAAAUAUUAUUAAUGAAUGUCCAAAGACUGCAUUGCUCUACCCAUCCUGACCCACGAGACGAUGGUCUGGGCUGUUCUCAAAUCAAUGUCUCUCCUGUCCCUUCUAGACGGAGUUUGGGAUAAAAAUAAAGGAGGGAAAGGGGGUUAGACAUAUCUGGACUUGAACUUGAAUCUCUUCCCUCUCUGGUCUGUGAAACAGCAUCGGGGUUUGGCAGACACAAGGGGCGGGAGAAAUCAACACUGGGACACGGCUCAGUUGCACGCCUCUGCACGCCCGACCACAGCGGACUGGAGAGAGUUUUAGUUGAAAGUGGCUCUUUGAAGCAAAUCUGUUAUGUGCGACCAGGACUCAAUAGGGAAGUGGCGAUAUCGGGCCUAUUGUGAGGCACAGAGUGAGCUUUGUGUGUAUCACACUGGUAUAGUAUCAUGUUACUUGCUUUCAUUCUCUGUUUCUCAAGCGCUCUGUCUCUCUCUCUCUCCCUAACAUAUGCCACUUAAAGUCCUUGAGAGAGACAUAAUGACAUGAAGGGAUCAGCUGUCAGGCCUCCAAAGAGCCUCCUAAGAGGCCAGACAGACAUUGAGAUCACCUCCAACCAUUAAUACAACAGCACAAUCAACAACUCUUCUCUUCCUCUUCUUCCUUCCCUCUUCCAAACCCUAGACCCUAGAACAACGGAGGGAGGAAGGGGAAAAAGAGAGAGACCUUAUCCAGGGGGUUAGCCCAAAGACUGCUGGAUACUCUAUUAUUGCUCUUACUCACACAAAGACUGGAUAUACACAUAUAGCCUGCGUCUCUUCAGCCUUCGACCUCUCUGGCUUCCUCCCCUGCACCCUUCCCUUCGUCCUUGCAUCCCUGCCAUUACCCUCCGGUCAGCCUCGGUACAGAGAGCAGCUGUGACUGGCUCAGACCGCCAUCUGAGUGCACAUCUCGCAUCAUAGAGACUUUACGUCGACGGUUUCUGGAUGUUAUGGGUUCAUAUUUUUAAAUCUUGGGCAAUAAGAUCUCCAAGCCUAUAUGUUCUAUAUGAAAGGCAUGGAUUUAAUAACCUACCAGCAACCCCGUCCCACACACACACACACACACACACACACAUACUGGCACAAACAAAAACAUAAAACAACUUGACAGGACAAAGGCUUGAAGCCUGUGGGUUGCAGUGUUUGAAUAUUUAAUCAUCUCCUCUUACAGCCCUCCUAUGGCCCAUGUUCUUGGGUUACACGACCGUACAUUUUCAUUAAGGACACGUCGAACCGGGCUACAAGCCGCUCAUUCCAAACCUGAAGCGGAAGUUCAGGAGGACAAAGCGAACGCGACGACACAGCACGCUCAGAGCCUUGUGAGGCUGGUGGGCCAGCCGGCCAGCUGGGAUCUUAAAAUGUCAUCACCUAUCUUAGCUGUGAUCCAUUUUUAAUGCAAUCCGCUCAUAUUUAAUGUGUCAUUUAUGUUCUUUUAUUCCUCCAGUGAUCAACGGGGUACUGCUAAGUAACUGGGGAGCGGCGAGGAAGGAUGUCUGUGUAUUCAUGUAUUUGUGUGAGUGUGUUUACCAGGAAGUGGCUCUCUCUCUGCUUCAUAUUGUAUUUUUGUCCAAAGCCAAUAGAGUUGGCAUGGCAACAAAAGCGAAUACUGUGUGUGAGAUUUAUUAAAACUAUGUAUAAUUUAUUAUUGGGACUUAAAGAAUCCCAUUACUGUAUUUUUAACUGUUAUUUUUCAUGAAUCACUGGAUAAAAACUGUGCUUAGCCAUCGCGUUAGUGGACCAUCAUAUGUUCAGCGAAUCACUUCAGGCAACAGAGAUGGAACAAGGCAUGUGGCAACAGUAUAAGAUAUUCACUCUGUACAUGUUUUACAUAAUGCAAAACUACAAAGACCACUUCUGAAACCACACACUGAAACAAGUAUAGUCUCUUUAAAAUUAAUCUUUCAUUCGGCAGCGUUUAAGCGCUCAACCACACACAAGGCUUUUUGCGGCUGUCGCAAUGUAGGUUACAAUAAUGAAAAACACACAAACUGCUGCUGCUCCGACAGAAAUAAAAAGUGGAGCAGGUGGAAACCAGACCUGAGCAGAGGAAACACACACUUUAUGAAGUGGCAGUGAAUAUUUGAAUUCAAAGUGUGCUUAACUGAAGUUACCGGGGAACCUCAAACCUCAAAUGUGUACAGAUAUGUGUAAUAUUUCUUCAAGGUACAUACACUGUUAAAGGAGUUUUUUGUUCAACUCACUUUAAAAGGAUAAGGUUAGUGUUUUUUUUUCAUUAUUUUCCUGUUCCUGUUGUCAACAAAUUCCAAGAAGAGACCAAAAACCAACAAUGGUGGCACUCGAGCCCAUUCGUUCUCACAGAAGAUGUAAAUGUUUAAAAAAAGGUGAUUAAUAUAUGGCUUCAUUUUUUUUAAAACAGCAAAGGGUAUUGUAGUUUUUAGCGAACAUAAAUCAGUAUCAGACAAUAGAUUGUAAUGGAGACUAUUUUCAGAUGCAUAUUAAUACACAUUUGGUGCGCAAGUAAGUGUUAACACCAACAGGAUUGGCACAGAGUAAUAAUCAGGUGUUGGAUACGAGGAUCAAUUAUUUGGUUUUGGUAUUUUUUCACAAGAUUUGCUGUCUAUAAGGAUAAUGUAGAAUAUUUUCAGCCUUAUCCUUUAAAUCUGGUUGUUGCUGAUGCUGACCAUCAGUUAUAUAUUUUAAUUAGCUCCUGAACUGCUUCAAUCUGCUGUAAAAUAACACACAUUUAUUAUUUAUUUGUAUAUUUGUCAGUCAAUAAGCAUUCAUGGAGACCCAAAUGUUUUCAUAUUAAAUCAAAAUGAUGUAUGAAAUAAAUAAUUAUGUG